AUGGUCGUUUCCAAGACUGAGAGAUCCGGUCCAGCAAGCGUCCUGGCUGCUGACGAUGCCUUGCCACAAGCACAAGGACAGCAAAGGGAGCUCCCACAGCAAUUCUCUGCGAGCUCAGCUCUAGCGUUUGCUUAUAUUGUCACAAACUCCUGGGUUGGUUAUUCGGGGACCUUCUCCACUGCGUUACUGGCCGGGGGAGGGCCCGCCGUUUUCUAUGGUGUUAUAGUGGCUGGGAUCGUCUGCACUAUCAUCACCCUGGGUCUAGCCGAGUUGGCAUCAGCGUUCCCUUCGAGCGGAGGACAAUACCAUUACACCUAUAUGGUCUCGUCACCAAAGACUCGGACACCCUGUGCUUUUGUAUGUGGCUGGCUCAGCUGUCUUGCCUGGUGUCUGACCACAGUGUCUGGCACCAUUUUUACAGCUCAAGCGAUUCUCGCACUCGUCUCGUUCCUAAACAAGGACUAUCAGCCUAGGCAGUGGCAGACAUACCUCGUCUUUCUUGCUCUUGUUAUACUGGCAACGGCAGUGGUGUGCCUCCUCGCGCACUGGCUGCCGCGACUGCAGGAGAUCAUGUUCUGGAGCAGCAUAUCUGCCUUUGUCGUGUGUCUCGCCGCCGUUCUCGGAAUGAGCAAAAGCAAGCAGCCUGCGCGCGUUGUCUUCACCCAGUACGAGAACGAGACGGGGUGGCCCGACGGCUUGUCGUUCCUCAUAGGGCUCGGGACCUGCAUGUACCUGUUCGGAGCUACCGACGCAGCGACACAUAUCGCCGAGGCAUGUCUCAUCAACCCAAAC